AUGGCCCUUCGAACGAGUCUUUUUAAUGUUAUACCUUACUUGAAAACGCCCAUCAUAGGCGCACCUAUGGCUGGUGCAGCAGGCGCUGAACUAGCGUCGGCAAUCACGCGGGGUGGCGGCCUCGGUUUCGUCGGAGCCGGCUACUGGGAUGCCGCCAAGCUCGCUACAGAGUGGAGUGUCGUCAAAGAGAGGCUAGGAUCGGCACCCCCCCGCCAGCGCCACCCUGCAGGAAUAGGGCUGCUUGCCUGGAACCUGACGAAGAAGCAUGGCAGCUGUGACCCACGUGCCCCCACGGCCUCCCCUGCUAUCGAACUAAUUGAUGAGGCACUGCGUGCGCGUCCAAGUGCUAUUAUGGUCGCAUUUGGAGUUCCUCGGGAAAUGGUGACCUGGUGCCGCUUUCUUCGCGAGCGUGACCUGCAGGUGUCGGGUUGUGACAGCCCUGUCACGCUGCUUGUCAUGGUCAACUCUUUGGAGGAAGCCAGGGCGGCUGUAAAAGACAUUGGCGCCGACGUGCUUGUCGUCCAGGGACAUGAGGCGGGUGGCCAUGGUCAUGCAAAUGCACCUCCCCGGGAUGUGCUCCUAAGCACCGUUCUGGACAAUAUCGCUUCUUGGAAUGCGAGGUCGCCGCCAGUUGUUUCAGCCGGUGGAAUUUCGGAUGGACGCGCCAUCGCGGCUCAACUCACCCUUGGUGCAGACGGUGUGCUGGUCGGCACACGGUUCUUGCUUACACCGGAGGCCACCUAUUCGAGUGCACAAAAAGAGAAGUUGCUACGUGCCGUCGGCACAGACACGGUACGAUCUCUUGCUUUUGAUGAUGCGCGUGGCACUCUCGAUUGGCCAGAUGGAAUCGAUGGUCGCGGACUGCGGAGCUCUACCGUCGACGAGUACGAUGCCGCAGCCCAAGGACUCGAGAGACCCGUGCCGGGCCAGCCAGAACGGCACGCUCGCUACGUGCAGGCUCUACAAGCUGGGGAUACAGAGCGCGAAGUCACCUGGUCAGGUGUUGGCAUUGGACAAGUGCGCACGAUUCAGCCUGCCGCCGAGGCAGUGCAGCACCUUCAUACGACGACCGUGCACGCUCUCAAGCGCGUUUCUUCGUACCUCGCCGCACCAUAG